CGGUCUCUUAUGAAGAUGAGUAAACUACUAGUUAGUUACCUUUUAGUGCUAAUAGCUUAUACAGAAACGGCUAGAAUAUUAGCUGUUUAUCCAACACCGUCAAUCAGCCAUCAAGUUGUGUUUCGACCUUUAAUGAAAGAGCUAGCCAGGCGUGGACAUGAGGUAGUGGUUAUAACGACUGAUCCAGAAUUUUCAAAGGAACGAGCGCCGAAGAAUCUAACAGAAAUCGACGUACACGAUAUCUCCUACAAACUAUGGAACAAAUUCAUGGAAUUGCCCAAAGGAAGUGAAUCCGAUCUUUUCACACAAAUCCAAGUGGCAUUGGAAAUUUUAACGCACGUGCUCGAAGCGCAAAUCAAAAGUGAUGAAGUUCAAAAGUUGUUAAGGGAUAACAAAGGUUUUGAACUUGUAUUUGUGGAGGCUUUUAUACGUCCAGCCCUAAUCUUUUCGCAUUUAUAUAAAGCACCUGCAAUACAAUUUAGUUCAUUUGGAGGGCUAUAUGACAUGUUUGAAGAUUAUGGUGCACCGAUACAUCCAAUUUUAUACCCCAUUUCUUUGCAACAACGUAUCAAUAACUUGACAUUUUGGGAAAAAAUAAAGGAGUAUGAAUUUGCUUAUAAAGUUAAAGGCAUUUUUGAUGAUACAGGAAAAUCCGAAAAUGCUAUGCUAAAAUCUAUAUUUGGUCCAAAUACACCUGACUUGAGUGAACUUAAAAGUAACGCGCAAUUGUUAUUUUUGAACGUACAUCCCAUCUGGGAUUUCAACCGUCCGGUUCCACCUAAUGUGAUUUACUUGGGAGGCCUUCACCAGAAACCCCAAAAGAGUUUGCCACAGGAUCUCCAGACGUACUUAGACUCAUCUAAAAACGGUGUCAUUUACAUGAGUUUCGGCACAAAUGUGCGUCCAUCGUUACUGCCACCGGAGAAAAUAAAAAUAUUUACCAGAGUAUUUUCCAAACUUCCCUACAACGUACUGCUGAAAUGGGACAGAGAUGACUUAGAGGAACGAUCGAGCAAUGUAAAAAUAUUCAAAUGGGUACCACAAUCCGAUUUGCUGCGUCAUCCUAAUGUGAAAGUGUUCAUCACACAAGGCGGUCUCCAAUCAACAGAUGAAAGCAUAUCAGCUGGAGUGCCACUCAUAGGCAUACCCAUGCUUGGAGAUCAGUGGUAUAAUACAGAACAAUAUGUACAUCAAAACAUUGGAGUCAAAUUGAGUAUUGAUAGUCUCACUGAGGAGAUCCUUAUGAACGCAAUUGAGGACGUUAUAAAAGAUGAGAGUUACCGCAAGAACAUCAUCAAGCUACGAGAUGUCAUCACUGACCAACCACACACACCCCUCGAAAGAGCAGUUUGGUGGACAGAGUAUGUACUGAGAAAAGGCAAUGCUGAGCACCUACGAGCAUCAGGCUUCGGUGUUCCAAUGAAGGAGUACUUCGAAGCUGAUCUCAUUUUGAUGCUACUUUUGGUUUUUGUAACUGUUGUGUCGAUUUCCGUGUACCUGGUUGUGGCAGUUAUAAGUCGACCAACGAAAGUAAAGUUACAAUAAUGACUUUAAAUAAUUUGUAACCAGUAGAUAC